CCGAAUAGCUAGGGGAAAACAUGGACGACAGAAGUGUCUGUAUUCCGCAGCUUGCGGAGUCAGACGCUCAAAAUAACACUUCCAGUACCCCUAACGCGGCUUCUGUCACAGAUGCUGACAAAGUAAUAAACACUAAAACAGAUAGCACCCCGGUUGAAGGAGACAAGAGUGAAGAGGAGCUACUGAAGGGUCUCCUCGCUGACAACUACUGUCAUGUGUGUGAGGCUGUGCUGCUCUUUGAAUCUCAGCGGCUGUCCCACUAUGAGGGAAAGAGACAUGCUCAGAAACUCAAGGUGUACCUACAGGCCAAGAGAGCUGAGAAGAUGAACAAAGAGUCAGGACCGAAGACCAUGCCUACUGAUAAGGACCGUUUCUGUGAGCUGUGUAACAUGGUGUUUAGUUCCCACGUCGUGGCAAAAUCGCACUAUGAGGGCAAAGUCCAUGCAAAAAAUCUUCGCAAACAAGGUGUCCUGUCUACAGUUACAGAGAGGUAUACAGAGGUGCGUACUUUGCCAAGUGUGACACAGAAUCCUCAUGAUGGUGACCAGAAAUCAGCCCCAGCCCCAGAGGGUGAUAAGGAGCAUCUUCUGGAUUUAACAGCCACAACAAUCACCCCCAGCACAGAGGUUGACCUGAAGGACCCCAACAAGUACUGUGCCCUGUGUGCUGCGUCCUUCAACAAUCCCCAGAUGGCUCUGCAGCAUUACAAUGGACGCAAACACCAGAGGAAUCAGGCCCGACAGGAGCUGCUCAGAGAGCUUGGAGACAAUGUCCAACAAGGUAACACAGCAAACUCCCUGAUGUGUCAGAUGUGUAGUGUGCGAUUUAACUCCGUGGAGAUGUACCAGGCCCACGUUAAAGGAAACAAACACCAGAUUAGGGAGAAGAAAGUUGUGGACUUGUGUAAAUCCCAGCCAAAAGACUACAGCACAUUUGCAGAUGAACUGGCAGAUUACAUUCAGGUUCAGAAAGCUCGAGGAAUCACCCCUAAGGCCGCUCAAGUCCUCUCUCCAGGUGACACACAAAAGGAGGAGGAUGAAGUUGAAAAAAAAGAGGAAGCAUCAAACAAGGGCGAUAUCAAAGAAGGGAACAAACCUAUGCCCAGCCUUCCUCCCACCUCUAACCCCCCUCAUCACUCCCACCCUGGUAGUUACUACCCGGUUGAAGGGUGGUGUCCUUCAUAUCAGGGCCCUCCCUGGCCACCCCAUUACAGCUACCCUCCUCCAGUCCUCCCAGGCUCUGGCUCUCCACUGUUCACUGAUUGGCCCACGAAGAAAGGGAGGCACCGAAAGCAGUCAAGCUCCUCUUCAUGUACUACUUCAUCUUACUCCUCCUCAUAUUCCUCCUCUUAUAGCAGCAGUGACAGUGACAGUGAAUACAGGCGCAAAGAAAAGAGGAAGAUUAAAAGAUCCAGAAGGGAGAGAGAAAGGAGGGCGAGAGAUAAAGAUCCGGACAAGGAGGAGAAAAGGAGGAAGCGACGGAGGAGGGAGAGAGAUAAUGACUCGGGAGAGAGGAGAAGAGAGGGAUCUGGAGACUCAGAGGAAGGGAGGAGGAGAAAAAAGCGAAAAAGUAACGACAAGCAGAGAAGACGAGAAAAGAAAUCCAGGGUGGAGGACUUUGAGGGAGAAGGAGGGGAAAGGGUGCCGGACAAUUUAAUGCCAGAAAACAUGAUGGACAAUAUAAAAGAGACUGAAGUGCAUGUUGAGGCUGAAAUGAAUGUCGAGCAGGGCGUGGGUGAGAAGGACGAGCCAGCAAAACCUAAAUACAAGAAAGAGAAGAAGAAAACGAAAGAGAAAGUAGACACUAGGACAGAGGAGGAGAAGCUGUGGGACGACUCCAUACUGGGCUGUUAAACUUAAAAGGCCUAGUUUAACUGUGUCUGUUGAACUGCUGACAUUUAGGCAAAAAUGUUA